CUUGAUGUCGGGCAGCUAGAGCUCAUUGGCACGAGUACCUGCUUCGGAUACCUCCCGCAGUUUGCUCGCGAACAUCGGGGUGUGAUCACGCAUCUGCAGGUGUUUGAGUGUGUUGUGUAUUUGCACUCUCUUUGGGUAUCGUGCGAGGGUGAAAGGUGCCUCGCGCACAAAUCAAAGGAUCACACCACGCGGGAGCUAAGAAGGAGGAUCACGACAGAUCCUGUUCUAGGUGCCCUAUGGCGAUGAUUGAAAGGAACGAAAUGCCGUCAUCCAAGUAUGGUGUACCACGGCGUUUUAACUGCUCUUGCUGCCCCUAUGGGUACCACAUUGAUCUGGAUUUUGUCAAAUAUUGCGAAUCUCUGGGGAAGGUAGCCCCAAUUACAAGAAGGGCACGCUCAGCACGUCGACAACGGCAUUCCAUGGACAUUAUGAUGGGUUUUACACCACCACCAAUUCCGCCAGAACGUAAAGAUUCCAAAGGAAAGGAGUUUGAGGCAAUCUGUGCAACUGAUGCACUAGCAGAUGCCGUUUGCAAGUUUGAGUUAACCCUUUUGAGUACAGCUGGACCAGCAGCAGCUACCCAAUCAAUUGAUGGAGAACAUGAAGAACGUGAAGAACGAGAGAUUGGUGGUGGUGCACUGGAGUAUGCACGACAACAAAUGGCACAACAUUUGAGUAAAAUAAGAAGUUUGGAGGAGCAACUGAAAGUCAUUCCGGCUCUUCAGUUGCAAGUUGAAAUGUUAACUGAGGAAAAGAGACGUCUCGAAAGGGCAGCACGACGUUCACCAGCACCUACAACUGUUCACGUUGCAGCCAUACCACGAUUAUCGUGCUCACGUGAUGUUGGCAGUCAAUGCGUACCGAAACGUACAAAUUCCCAUACGCAACAUCAUCUAGUAACUGCAGAUGCUACCACGGCAACAGAAGUUGCUACUGUGGCUACAGUUCAGGUACAAUCAUCACCUGAUGUGAAGUCUAGACUUACACAAACAUCAGAGAAAACUACGUCAACACAAGCAACAAACACCGAAGUUUUCAUAUCAAAAUGUCGUGAUGCAUGGACACUUACGGAAAUUGUCGAGCAACCACGGCGAGAGCCUUCACCCCCCGUGAGAGUUCUCAAAAUGACUAAAUCAUCUCAAACGGAAAAGACACGCAUGGCUGAACGGCAGCAACAGACGGAAAUACGACAACAACAUCGACUUCUUCAAGUGAAUAUACGACCACUAACGGCAGAUGCGCGAAUGCAGACAGAAAACACAAAUUCUACUGCCAGCGUAGGCUCACAGGUUGAACCUGAAGGUGCUAAUAUUGGUACACAGACUGAUGUGAAAGAAACUCACAUGAACAGUACGCAAACAGAACAAGAACAAGAAGAAGAAGAAAUCCCAAUUUCUACCACCCACACUGAACUACUCGAAUGUGAAGAGAGUGAAGAAGAUGAAGAAUCUUCAGAUGAAUCUAUGAAAUCACCCCUAUCUGCCAUUAAUGAAGAUACCGAAGAGAGGGAAACCUAUACUAGUGCUACAACAAAGGACUCCGAAGAAGACAUUGAAGAACCAGCAAAGAUUAUGUCACCUUCACGUGAAAUGCUUGGUGCUCUUGCUUGUAUUGCCGAUGCUCUAGCACGAAAUGUAGACGUUCAAACAAUCCCACAUGCCAAUGCAACGGCACGUCGUGAAUGGUUUAGUGUAGCCAGUACUGAGGGUGCCACUGCUGCAUCUGUUCGUGCAUACCUUUCUGCAUUUUCCGCUCAUUCACCUGAUGUUGUAACAUACAUGGCACGCCUUGCAGAUGCAAAUGGCAAUACAGCCCUACACUACGCUAUAUCUCAUGGGAAUUUUGCAGUUGUUGGUGCUCUUCUCGAUUGUGGGGCAUGUGACGUUGAUCGGUGCAAUAAUGCUGGCUAUACGGCAAUUAUGCUUGUAUCACUGGUGGCGCUACAUUCAGUUGAGAGUCGUCGUGUUGUUGAGCGUCUCUUUCGUGUUGCAGAUGUUAAUUUGCGUGCACGGAAACACGGACAAACAGCCCUCAUGCUGGCGGUAAGCCAUGGGAAUGCAAAUAUGGUUUCUAUGCUCCUUGCUGCUGGUGCAGAUGUUAAUGCCCAAGAUGAAGAUGGCAGUACUGCACUGAUGUGUGCUGUUGAGCAUGGAAAAAUGGAUAUUGUGAAGCUUCUACUAGCUCAUCCAUCUUGCGAUUCAUCCAUUCAAGAUAUGGAUGGCAGUACAGCUUUAAAAAUUUCCCUCGAUGCAGGUUUUCACGAUAUUGGAAUCCUUCUUUAUGCACAUGGACGUGCUUCAAGGCACAGAAAUGGUGCAGCCUAAGCCACAAGCCUGCCUUAUCCAACAACAUCAAUGAGAGCAUCUGAUUGUUUAUCAACAACCCCUUAUUAAGAAAUACACGUUAUAACAGCAUUCACAACAAA